AUGUCACUAUUUGGGAGGCUGUACCAGUUUCAGUCAAGGAGAAUGUUUUCCUCCAUAUCGCCCAUCUCUGCUCUGUCUGUAUUACGUCCGCAAACCAACGUGCUUUUAAACAGCUCACCAUUGAAAACCAUGUCCUCUACACCGUUUGGGUUUGGUUUCAUUGGGCAAAGACGGUGGAAGUCAAGAGGUAACACGUAUCAGCCCAGUACGUUGAAGAGGAAGAGAACUUUCGGAUUCUUGGCCAGGGCAAAGAGCAAACAGGGCUCUAAAAUAUUGAAAAGGAGAAAACUCAAGGGAAGAUGGUUUUUGUCUCACUGA